ACACUUUAUGCAAACCGCUGUGGGAAAACAAACAGAACACUGACGUUUCUGUCGAACCAACGUAGCUGAUAAAGCCACGCGACUUUGUGGUUUUCUAUAAUUUGGGGUGAGAUUUGGUUAGAAUUUGUUUGUGCAGCGUGAGAGGAGGAAACCUGCGCUGUAGAAUAAUCAAAUCAGAGAGUUCACCACCAUGUCACAGGAUGCUCUGCUUGUAUAAUAUGUUCACAGUGACAACAAAACAAAACAUGUUCAGCUGUUAAUGAUCACCUUCAAAGUUUUGCAUGUCAGCAAUGUAGCACUUCCUAAGUAGCACAAAACACAAAGUAGAGCUGAAUUACGUUAUACUUUUUAUACCAUGGUGGAGGUCAAAUCACAAUAUAUGUAGAAAUACUCAGUUACUAGAUUAAGUCCUGCAUUCCAAAUGUUUAAGAAAUGUACUUAAACUGGCAAAAGUAAUUAUUACUUUAAGUUUAGUUUAAAUUGCUUUAUAUAUUGCUGGGUACACACACACACAUAUAUACACACACACACACACACGCACACACACACACACACACUCACACACAUCGGUACCAGCAUCAGCAGACAGGAUGAAUCUGAAGCGCCUGAUAUGCAAAUUAUGGUUCCUAAAAAGUUAAUGGAUAACAUAAUGAGUCAGUUAAAAAGCUGCAGAUCUACGGACUAAACAAGAGUUCGGGGAACAGACAAGGAUGGAAAAAGUUCUUCUGAUCAUCAUCGCUGGAGCAUCAAGGCUGUGUGCUGUCUCAUCAACUGCUGGACGUCAGUACCAUUUUAUUUAUGACCUGAAGAACAUGACUGAAGCCCAGAGUUACUGCAGAGAACAUUACACAGACCUGGCCACUACAGACAACAUGGAGGACGUGAAUACCCUGAACAACAUGGCAGAUUUAAGCCAAAUGGUCUACUCUGCAUACAGCUAUCGAGCCUGGAUCGGGCUGUACGAUGACGUGGACAGCUGGAGGUGGUCACUGUCAGACAGAAGUUUCUACGGACUCGGGGAGACUGAGUUCAGACAGUGGUAUCCUGGACAACCAAACAAUGCAUAUGAUCAACUCUGCACACAUAUUAAGUCGAGUGGACUGUGGAUAGACUACUUUUGUAAACGUCAGUUCAAGUCUGUCUGCAUGGAUGUCAGAGGACCCAAUGUGACAUUUGUCCUCAACAACAAUCUCAUGACAUGGACCCAGGCCCAGAGCUACUGCAGAGAACACCACACAGACCUGGCCAGUGUGAGGAACAAGGCAGAGAACAAGAAGGUGAAGGAGCUGGUACCUUCAGGAAGAGACCUCUGGAUCGGCCUUUUCAGGGACUCCUGGAAGUGGUCGGAUGGAAGUAACUCCUCAUUCAGGUACUGGCUACCAGGGGAACCUACUGUUAAGAACGAGCCUUGUGUGGCAGCAAACUUUAACAACUCUGGAAAAUGGGAGAACUGGAACUGUGACCUGAAGAGAGCAUUCAUCUGCCAACGUGCACAUGGUGUCACAAACCCAAAAGCAGAACAGACAGUUAAGAAGCAAGUGAUAAAACUGAGUGUGCUGAAAGACUCCUCUCUGGAUCUGAAUGACCCUGCUGUGGUGGAACAAGUCUUGAAGCAGAUCAAACAGAGGCUGAAGGACCAGGGGGUGAAUCAAGACAUCAAACUGAGCUGGAGGAAGCAGUCAGAUGGAAAGAUCUUCCACAAGGACGAGAAGGAGACAGAGAAGAGGAAGAAGAGGGAGCUUUAAUUGCUGUGUCUGUUUUCAUCAGAGUCCUCAUGUAAUGGGUCAGAAUAUAUCUGCAACAAUCAGUCAGUUAAUCAAUUCAUAAUUUUAUUUAACAAGCAAAAAUAACAAAUAUUCACGGGUUCCAGUUUCUUAAAUGUGAGGAUUAUAUCAUUGUCUGCAACAUUGCAUGUUUCCACUAAUGUAGGAUAUUUUUUAUCAUAGAUAUCAUGUCUCAAAUAGAUAAAUAGGUGGUAAUUAUAUGUCACCUAGUUUAAUUCUGCAGCCCCUGUAGAUUCUCCUUUGGGCCUGGAAGGGGAAGGUGAAGUGUGGGAGUUGCAAUCUAAGAUAAAAUAUGAUUAAAUUAGAUUAGAUUAGUUUCAAUUAAGAUUAGAUUAGAUACUGUACGAUAAGAUAAAACAGGUAAUAGAACAUAAGAAUUGACUGGAGGCAACUCCAGUGGAAAAAAAGCACCAUUUAAAAAGACGGCCUUUAAUGUUGUAAAGAAUCUUUAAUCGUCUUUCUUCAUUUAACAUUCUGUAUUUACAGCAGCAGCCUCCAGUUAUUUGAUCCAGAAUGACUUUGAUAAGAUAAGAUUUACUUUUUCACUCUUUUUUAUUUUAUACACUCACAGGCUGAAAUACACUAUCAUGCACAUGCAGGGCUUGUGGACAUGCAAACAUGGAGAGAGAUGGUGGAGUGAUGGGCUGCCAUGUUAGCAGUGGUCCAGGAGCAGUUUUGGGGUUAGGUGCCUUGCUCAAGGGAAGUGCACGGGAGGUGAAACUUGCACCUCUCCAGCUACCACUCCAUACUAUUGUCUGUGGGACUUGAACCGGCAACCCUCCGGUUCCAAGCCAAGUCCCUACAAGUCCCCAAUGAUGAUGUUGUUCUAGCUAACAGGAGCUAAAAGCUGAAAAGUGAGAGGGCGGUGAGAACUUCAUGAAAAAUGACAGCAUGAAAUCCAGUGUGUUGUUAUUAAAGUGUGAAAUAAAACAUGAAAUAAAAGUGUCAUUGGAGAAAAUGCCAUCCUAAAAUAAAAACUAAACAAAUACUUUUUAAAAAGAGCAUUUUUACAUAAAAAUGUAUAUUGAAUGUACAUGAAAUUAGAGUAAUAAACAUAUGUUAGUGUGAAAAAUGGA